AUGGCAACUGUAAAAACUUCCCCAAUGAAUGAGAUUCAUAGUAUUUCACCCAUUUAUUUACUCAUUCAUCCAAUUUACCUUUUGUCUAUUCCACGUGGCAAGCAAUUUUUGGAAAAUCCCAUCUGCCAGGCAGCCUACCAGAAUGACUUGGGGCAAGUGUGGCGGUGGGUAAAAGAAGACAACCAUUAUGUGGAUGUUCAAGAUGGCUUCAAUGGAGACACUCCCCUCAUCUGCGCCUGCAGGCGAGGACACUUGAGAAUCGUCUCCUUCCUCUUAAGGAGAAAUGCUGAUGUCAACCUCAAGAACUUGAAGGAGAGAACUUGUCUGCACUAUGCUGUGAAGAAGAGGUUUACCUUCUUUGAUUAUCUACUCAUUAUCCUUUUAAUGCCUGUCUUGCUUAUUGGAUAUUUCCUCAUGGUAUCAAAGACGAAGCAGAAUGAGAAUCUUGUACGCAUGCUCCUUGAUGCUGGUGUUGAAGUUAAUGCUACCGACUGUUAUGGCUACACGGCUUUGCAUUAUGCAUGCCAGAUGAAAAACCAGACUCUCAUCCCUCUGCUUCUGAAAGCCCGUGCAGACCCCAUGAUAAGGAACAAGCGUGGUGAGAGUUCACUGGAUAUCGCACAGAGACUAAAAUUUUCCCAGAUUGUGUUAAUGCUAAAGAGAGCCUCAUAGUCCCGUGACUUCUUGUGUGGUGACAGAGACACAACUGAAGGACUGGAUGUUGUAGCUUUCACGGAUGACUGCUCCACAGGCACCCAAGCUGGACGCUUCUGCCUUGUGACAAGCACUGG